AUGACGUUUAAAUAUGUGUUUUGGGCAUUUGGACCUGCUAUCAACGCGUUCCAUUUAUGCCCGCCUAUCAUUUCUAUAGAUGGUGCUCAUUUGAAAGGUUCUUAUAUGGGGAAAUUGCUUAUUGCUGUUACAAAAGAUGCUAACAACAAUAUACUGCCAAUUGCUUAUGUGAUUGUUGACGAGGAAACUUCACACAGUUGGUGUUGGUUUCUCUAUAAUUUCAGACUUUUUGUUGCACGCGAUAGACAACUAUGUGUGAUUUCUGAUAGACACAAAGGAAUAGCUCAUGCAAUGACGAAUCUUGAUGAGUGGAAAGAGACUUUAGCAUACCAUUGUUUUUGUCUCAGGCAUGUAAGAAGUAAUUUUAUAAAAAGGUACGAGAACUUGAGCCUCAAAAGGUUUUGUUGGGCUAUUGGCAGCACCACCCAAGAAAGGAAGUUUCUUGGAUACAAGAGACAAAUAAAAGAAAUCAAUAUUGAAGCUUGGCAUUACCUUGAACAGAUUGAUAAAAGCAAGUGGUGUCUUUUAUUCGAUGAAAAUCAUCGAUGGGGUUGCCUCACUACAAAUAUAUCUGAGAGUAUUAACAAUGCAUUACGAGGGGCCAGGCAGUUACCAAUUAAGGCUUGUAUCAACCUUACCUUCAACAGAACUGUGCAACUUUUUAGAAAACAUAGUGAGAUUGCAAUGAACUGCAAUACACCGUUACCAUCUCGCAUGUGGCGCGUUUUUAAUAAUCAUGACACCCGUGCACAAAGCCAUCAAUUUUCAGAGUUUAAGUACACUGAAGGUGUGUACAGAAUCAUCACCAAGUUACGGACAAAUGGUACAGGUGGAAAUACACACACCGUCCAUUAUUUUCAACAAGCAUGUACAUGUGGUAAGUGGCAAAUGGAAAGGUUUCCGUGUUCACAUGCUCUAGCUGUUUGUCGACACAGAGGAGAUAACCCUUUCACCAUCAUCAACAGUGUGUAUACUACUACAACCUACAGACAACAAUAUCAAUCAAAUUUUAUACCACUUCCUCAUCCUGAUUAUUGGUUGCUUGCAACCUAG